AUGCAAGAAUCCAAUGCCUUUCAAGCGGCGGGCACCAAUUUGAACCCCCGUUUUGCCGCCGUUGCCGAGCCCGAGCCCGACGUGGAGGAGAUUGCUUCUAUGCCGGCGGCAUCCAAACGUAGCAACUAUUAUCCGGCAGAAACGGUGCUAAUUUGCCGUUUGUAUUGCGAGCACACCCACGACUCUGUGGUGGGUGUCGAUCAAAAAGGGACGAAGUUUUGGGGCUCCCUCUGCGCCGAGUACAACGCUAAAAGGCCCGAAGGAUCUAUUUCACGCGACGUCACGCAAAUCAAAUCUCACUUUCAACGGGUGUCGAAGGAUACGAAGAGGUUUGAGGCCAUGCACAAAAAAUGCCAUGAUCAAUGGAAAUCAGGCAUGAGUGAUAUUCAAAUCCUGGAGCAAGCAGAGGCAAUGUGGCUAGCCGAGUACCGUGUUCCGUUCCGGUAUUCACAUGCAUGGAAGAUCUUGCGCGAGUCGAAGAAAUUUUCAAGUCUCGGCGGGGAUGUUCACUCCGAUGUCCAUUCGGACAAACGAUCAAAGGGGUCCGACGGUCAAGAGAGACAAGCGGAAAGAACUGAUCUUGGUGAUGAUCUCUUGCACUUUGUUGGUUGUCUGGUUGGCGCUCCAGUUGGCACAUGA